AUGGAGAGAGAAGAAAAUAAUACUUCAAAACCAUUAAAUCAACGAGUUACUUUAAGGACUGUUGAUAACUUUCAGGGUGAAGAAACAAAAAUAGUUAUCAUUUCAUUAGUUCGUAAUUGUUCUGUGAUAAACAAAGUAUUUAUAUGGAAGUUCAAACUUGUUCUGGUUGUAAUUUUGCAAAUGAUACUCGUGAAUCAAAAAAAUG